GCUAUGGGGCUGCGUGCGGGCGGAUCGCUGGGCAGGGCGGGUGCCGGGCGGGCGCCCGAGGGGCCCGAGCAGAGGAGCGGCGGCGCGCAGGGGGGCAGCAUCCACUCGGGCUGCAUCGCCGCCGUGCACAACGUGCCGCUGAGCGUGCUCAUCCGGCCGCUGCCCUCCGUGCUGGACCCGGCCAAGGUGCAGAGCCUAGUGGACACCAUCCGGGAGGACCCAGACAGUGUGCCCCCCAUCGACGUCCUCUGGAUCAAAGGGGCCCAGGGCGGCGACUACUUCUACUCCUUCGGUGGCUGCCACCGCUAUGCCGCCUACCAGCAGCUGCAGCGAGAGACCAUCCCUGCCAAGCUGGUGCAGUCUACCCUCUCCGACCUGAGGGUGUACCUGGGCGCGUCCACACCCGACUUGCAAUAGCAGCACCCGCCCCCACCCUUCCCCAAGAGCCCUGAAGACACAGCUGGACGCCCCCCCCCCCCCCCCGUGGGCCGGCAGGGCACAGCAGCUUUGACUACCCAGCCCGAGACUUGGGCUCGGCAGCCGGAUGCCCGGUUUCCACCUCUGCACAGGUGGGACCACAGCCUUGUCCCUGAGGGAUUCCUGAGAAGGGUGUGAGGAAGGAGACGGACAGCAAGGCCCUGUGUCACGGGGCACAUGCCAGUCCCCAGGGACAAGGGCCUUCUACACUUUUGGCUUUAUAAUACCUAUUAUGUGGACAGUGCAAUAGAAAAUAAAAGAAAGCCUGAGUGACAGGGGCUUAAAUAAAAUGGGUUUGUUCCACAUGGCCUGGAAUCUGGAGACCAAUGACCAGCAUGACAUUGCUUCACAAACUCAGCCAAGCUCAUUUCACCAGAUUCUUCUGCUUGCCUGCAAUGCUUUUUACUUCAUGGUUGCAAGAUGGCUGCCAUAUCUCCAGGAAUCUUGUCAACGUUCAGUGAAGAAAGGAGUAGGGAAAGGGGAAGGGCCAGACCAGCUGGACCUAUCAACUUUUAUCAGAAAGAAAAACUUCUUUCAGAGACUUGGGGAGGUGGGGUUCUCUCUCUCUGUCUCUGUCUCUCUCACACCCUCACACACACAGAGCUUCAACCACUCUGAGUCACUGCCCUGCCCUUGGGCCUUGGGCAUCUAGGGGAAAGGAGAAGGUCUGGAUAUUUCGGGGCCAGGGUGGAGGGAGAGGCACCCUUUACUGUCAGCACCAGCAGAUGGGGUGGACAGGUGGGGCAUCCUAGAGGGGCUUCUGCAAGCGUGGCUGGCAAAGGAAGGUGUAGGGCAUGGUGGGCCUGUCCUCCUGACCUCAGGGAGGCCAGUCACUGGACUUCCAAGCCUCAGUGUCCCU